AUGUAUCCAUUUUCCCGUGCCCUUUCCAACGCUCAGUGCACCCACUGCCUACCCUCACCGGCGCACCAUCCCCCCACAAUCCCACCUUCCCCCUCGUCUCCGCCAGGCGCGGUUCUGGCGGAGGUGCAGCGCGAGUGGGGGGUGAGCUGGAGCCAGUGGCGGGAGGGGGGCGACUGCUCUCAGGCGCAGGGGCUGGCGUGUGACGCACAGGGGCGGAUCGUGAGCAUGUAUCUCCCCAAUGCGCGCCUGCAUGGACCCAUCCCGCUCGCCAUCGGCCGUUUCACGGGGCUCACCAUGCUUGAUCUCAGCAGCAACAGCCUGGGUGGCUCUCUGCCCUCCUCGCUCGGUCUGCUCCACAGCCUCGCCCAUCUGGACGUGAGCGACAACAAUCUCAAUGGCUCCUUGCCUGCUUCCCUCUCCGCGCUCUCAGGCCUCUCGCACCUCAACAUGAGUUUCAACCUUCACUAUUUAGGCGACAGCAACGGCAUAUCAGAGUCUGACCUCUCCCCACUGCUCCGCCUCUCGUCUCUCUCCGUCCUCGAUCUGAGCUACAACCAGAUGGGAGGCCCGUUCCUCUCCUCGCUGCACCUCCUGCCCAACCUGCACCACCUCAAUCUGCGGUGGAACCAGUUCCUUGGUCCGCUGCCCUCCAAUCUCUCCGCACUGGUCAACCUCACCUUCCUGGACAUAAGCCUCAACAUGCUAUGGGGCUCCAUCCCUGCCACCAUUGCGCAGCUCUCUCUUCUCAACACGCUGAGGCUGCGGGGCAUGAGUCUGUUCGGGUCUGCUCUGGAGGGCUCCAUCCCUGCGUCCCUCUUCUCCCUCGCACUACUCACUGCGCUCGAUUUGAGUGAUAAUUCGCUCUCUGGCUCCAUGCCUGAUGACAUCAGCAAGCUGUCUCAACUGAAGCAGCUUCGCCUGGGAUGGAACAUCCUCCAUGGGCCUGUGCCGGCUGCUGUGGGCCGCCUGCAGCUGCUGGAAGAACUGGAUCUGAGUGCAGCACCCAGAGUCAACCUAUCUGCCUCACAGGACCGUCUCACCGGUUCGAUCCCGUCCUCUCUAGGUCUUCUCUCACGCCUCACAUCCCUGGAAAUGGCCAGCAACGACUUGCAAGGGUCCAUACCCGAGUCUCUGUGGGACCUCAAGGCGCUUGUCAAGCUCGACCUCAGCAGCAACCGCCUCUCAGGCUCGCUCUCACCCGCGCUAGGCACUCUCCCAUUGCUACACACGCUUCUCCUCAACAACAACUCCCUCCAGGGUGCGCUCCCAGCAUCCGUGGGUGGCUUGUGGCAACUCGAGAUGCUUGAUGUGGCCUACAAUGCUCUCUCUGGUGUCAUCCCACCCACACUCGGCACCCUGCCCAACCUCCUCACUCUCUCCAUCUGGCCCAGCAGCGAGACCCCAGGCCCUGUCUGCCCUGCUCCCGCCUCUUGUCCCAUUGUUCCGUUGCCCCUCUCCGCCUUCUGCUCGCUCUGCCCCCGCUACUGCACCGCCUGUGCACCAGCCGCAGGAUUUCCCCCAGCACUUUCGGAUGACUACUCAUUUGAACCCCCCGAACAGCCCAUCUCGUACCCCCUUGCCCCUGCUUCCCCUGCUCAAUCCCCACCGGCACCCACGUUCCAAGUCCACCUCCCACCUGCACUCUACUCCUUUCCAUCCCCUCCUCCUGCUGCUCUCGUCACCACCCCAUCUUCUCCACCCCCUCGUCCGCCUCUCACUCCAGCCUCCACUCCUGGUUCGUUGCUUGGUUCUGCCCCCACCACUGCUCCACCUCCCUCGACUACCUCUGUCACCCUUGCUUCCCCCGUCCUCCACAAAACUCUUCAAGGCGUGGCAGCCCCACCCUCCUCACCAGCACCCCUCUUCCCGGCGGUAAUUGCUGCACCACCGUUGCCUGUAAGCCCAGCGGCAGCUCCCAUGCCGGCAGUUACAGUUGCCAAAACUGCUGAUUCCUUUGUCAGCGCUCCUCCCGCUUCUGCUGCUCUGCAUGGUAAGGCGGCUACUGGCUCUGUAGCUGGCACCACGAUUACUUGCGUUGCUGUCUCAUGGGGUGCUCUGCUGCUGCUGCUGGCUUUGUGA